UUGUAAUUCCUCACUUUAUAUUAAAAUGAAUCAAUAUGAGACAGAAAGACGUUUAUCCUGGUGUUAUGGCUUGUUGGCUAUUCUACUUGGAGUUUCUGUAAUAAGCACAGCAAUACCAUACAACCACUGGCGAGCGACAUUAGAUGUCUGUCCUGGUAGUUGGCUCGAGAACACAAACUGUGGCUGCAUUUUCUAUGGCGUUAGUACAUUUCAAUAUUUCAGUGGAGGACACAAUUCCUAUUGCCUAUAUGUUAUUUUUGCCCCAUUACCAAUAAUAGUGUAUGCAUUGGUGAUGACUCUAUUUCAUAUGUAUAGAGUUUGUAUUAAUAAUAUAGGACAAUAUGAAAGUGAAAAGUCAACUACAGUGGAGGAAAUCGAGGGAGAAUCUAUAAUAGUGACUUCCAGAGCAAGAACAUCACAAACAAAUGAUGCAGUAAUAUAUUGCUGGAUACCAACAUCCUGCAUAGCUGCUGUCUUUACCAUUUACAAUUUAGUACAUGCUGCAAUAAUGACUGAUGGUUUCCUUAAAACUUGUCAGCAAUACAGAGGAUACUUAGUUCGGGAACUUCAUGCCACUGGGGACCAUGCUACAGCUAUUCAUUUUCGUCUAAGUUGUCAAGCUAUUUUCGACUUUAUGGACUAUAUACAGAAGGAUGCACCGAACAGCCGAAGAGGAGAUUUCAUUAACACAGGUAUUGCUUUGCAAUUGGCUUUAAUAACAACAUGGCUGGCUGUUAUCUUAUGGAUUGUGGUAGCUGCAUAUACAGCUAUACGGGCCUAUAAAGAAAGGGAUGUUAUGACAUGUUGUGGCAACUAAUUUCCUCAAUGAAAUCAAGUAUAUGUCAUUAUUUAUUUUUACUCUGGCAACGACUAAGUAAGAU